CGUGGAUUGUGACGUUGCGUUGAACUGGUUUUACAGAAGGGGUCGACGGGCGUGUUAAUGUUGACGGAAGAGGAAAAGCGGACAUUGAUCGCGGAGGGGUAUCCAGUGCCGACGAAAUUGCCUCUGACGAAACAGGAAGAGAAGUCCCUCAAGAAAGUCCGUAGGAAAAUCAAGAAUAAGAUAUCGGCGCAGGAGUCCCGACGGAAGAAAAAGGAGUACAUGGACGGUCUGGAGAGACGCGUGACGAUGCUCACGAACGAGAAUUCCUCGUACAGGGACCGGUUAACGUCCUUGGAGGACACGAAUCGCGAACUACUGAAGGAACUUCAGCGUCUGCAGGCUCUCCUUCAACUGCAAGGCUCGUAGACGUCCUCGAGGGCUUGCAAACACUAUGAGCAAGACUAUGUUAUCGAGCAUGUUCCUGAUCCGUCGAAUCAGAAGGCUGCCCCUUGUCUUACCCUUGGCGCACUUUCCUUCGAUCCUCCUGGCAAUUUGCAGUUUUCUUCGACCGCGAGGGGAAUAGAGAAGAGAGAAAACGAAAACUGCAUUGUCGUCGAUGAAGAGAAUUGAUCGUCGCCAAUUUCCAAAUUUCCGACGAUCGCCCGAGGGGACAGUGCAAUCUUCCCUGUUCUACAUUCCUGAGCAAAAGUCUUCCCCUGAGCGUCAGUUGACCCGAUGAUCAGUGAAAACAUGUCUUCCUGGUUUCCCUGCGGAUUUGGGGAUCGGCGGAGGGUGAAAUUCAGCCGGCAGUGCCUUGAUUUCCAAAUUUCCAUCCUUCUUUCAUCGACGAAGAACUCGGAGCGAAUUUUCUUCUCUUGUUUUCACAAAAAGAAGAGAGAGAGAGAGAAAGAAAGAGAGAAACGCGAGGAAUAGUUGAAGAAAUUCGGAUUACUGAAGUCAAGAUACACACAAAGGAUCAAGCGUUGGAACUGUAUUUGAAUUUAUCAUACAAAGAGCGAGGAUUCUCCUUUCUUUUUCUCUUUCUUUUGUCUUCAUCUUGUCGAGGAGGACGCUUGCGAAAAUUGUUGACAAUUUGAACAGAGGGCGUCGGCUCUGUCCAAGCCAAAUUUCUUUGUUAUUCCAAAUUAGAACAGAAGCGAGACUUUCAACUGUACUUGUCGAUGAUUUUUAACUCUCCAACCCUUUUCCAACAGAAAUAAAACGAAAUUUUGCUUGGACACUGUUCGACAAAGAGCUACAAAGCUUCUAACAAGAUGUUUAGCGACAGAUCCGCGUCAACUGUUAAAGUAUUUAAAGAGCGCGUGUGCUUCAUUUUCGUAAACCCGUAAUUGACGUUUAUGUUCACUUGAAAGCGAUGAUGAUUCCUCCAUGUUCGUCCGAACGAUGCGAAAGAGUUGGAAAGUGAAACGAAAGGAGACAAAGGACGAGUUGAGAGGGCGUACGAAUAUUGAAACGAAAUGAGCGUUCAAAGUCGUGUUAACUAAAUAUAUAGUGCGUCACUGGUAACACACAGUAGUUAUAAUUAGCGAGAGAUAUUUUAUCGAGAACGAGAAAUUCGCCUAUUUCCUGCCGAGGAAGUUUGUUAAAUUAAUAUAUAUACGUAUGUUUAGGGACUCGUUCGUAGAUUAGGAUCGUCGAUUUGCGCAAGACGCAGAUUUGUAUAUUGUAUACAAGGGAAACGAAAUGUAUUGUAAAAUACAAGGGAACGUUGUUUCAUUCGGCCAGAAUGUUGUUU